AUGUACUUCUCUAAAAUCUGUACCGUUCUUGCCGCUUUGGCUGUCAGUGUUCCUGACGUCGUUGCGACACCGUCCUCCAACCUCGACGCUCGACAAGUACCCAAAGUCUACCCCAUCAUGAAGCCGGUACCCAAAGGACCACCCAUCCAAGACACACAAGCAAAGAAUCCAGGCAAAGGAGCUCAGCCAAUAACAAAACCAGACACAAACACCCCGGUUACCCAGCAGCCGCAAGGAUACAAGGGAUUCGCAUCGUACAUCUACCAGGGCGAAUAUGCCGGCAAAUGUGGACAAGUCUCCCGCGAUAGCGAUUUCGUCGUGACCCUUGACAAGUGCAGAUUCGACAUGAGUCUCUGUGGCAAGAAGAUCCGAGUCGAUAAUGCUGCGCAGAGAUGGAUCGAAGUAACUGUUGUCGGUUCAACAGAUGGUGGCAUUGAUGAAAACUUUCUGGACUUGUCCGUUGGUGCUUUCAAGGCUAUUUCUAGGAUUGAGAAUGGGAUUGAGCCUGUCACUUGGAACUACAUUUAG